CCCUUCUUGAGAUUUUGACUUGUCCCUCCAGGAAAUUUCGAAGCGUUCAGCAGCAUCUCGACGACGGCCCAUCCGGACUACUAACCCCCUUGAUCGCUCAAUACAGGCACAAUGGCGAUCGCACACAACCAGCAGAUCCCCCACAACCAUUUCCGCAAGGAUUGGCAGCGCCGGGUCCGGACGCACUUCGACCAGGCCGGCAAGAAGCACAGCCGCCGUGUCGCCCGUCAGGCCAAGGCUGCUAAGGUCGCUCCCCGUCCCACCGACCUCCUCCGCCCCGUCGUGAGAUGCCCCUCGAUCCGCUACAACCGUAAGGUCCGUGCCGGCCGCGGUUUCACCCUCGACGAGCUCAAGGCCGCUGGCAUCCCCCGCCUUUACGCUCCCACCAUCGGUAUCUCCGUUGAUGGCCGCCGCAAGAACCUGAGCGAGGAGUCCCUUGCCGCCAACGUUGCCCGCCUCAAGGCCUACAAGGAGCGCCUCGUCGUCUUCCCCCGCCGUUCCAACAAGGUCAAGCAGGGCGACUCCAAGGUCGACCUCGCCAACACCGAGACCGUCCAGAACCUCGCCAACGCCCUCCCCAUCGAGAAGGUCGCCUCCGGCUUCUCCGAGAUCUCCAAGUCCGACGUCCCCAAGGCCAUCGAGGGCGGUGCCUACCGCAAGCUCCGUCUCGCGAGAAGCGAGGCCCGCAACCUGGGCAAGCGCGAGAAGCGUGCCCGCGAUGCGGCCGAGGCCGAGGCUGCCAAGAAAUAAGCGCACGUCUCAGCCUCUGCUACCACCGCUGCUGCUGCUCUGCUAUCGUCUCUUGUGGCGUCGGGGGGCGGUUUUGUUCGAUGCUGCUGCGGCUAGUGCAGCUACACUGCAUGGAAAUGGGUUUUUCGGCUGCUGCCGCUUUUCGACGCGUUAAAAAACACUUUCGAGGAAGGGAAGAAAAAAAGUUCUUCGGAAGUCGGGUUUGUCUUCUGGCCUGGCGUGGGUUUCAGUGGAAAUGAGAGAUACACACUCAGGACAAGGUCAUAAAGAAACUAUUGCAUUGAUCACGCCCGCCUGUGUCGGUUGCCCUCAACCUUCCCUCCCCCCCUCUUCCCCCCUCCACGUCGUCGCAUGACGGAGUUUUUAGGAAGACGCAUCGUACGAAGACGACGUGACGUGUAUCAUGGGUCAAGGUGACUGGAGUAGACUAAGGAUUGAUUCGAUUGCUUUUAUUUCCCA